AGCAGAGUAUUUUCUUGAAAUAAUCAUAAUUAAGGUGGCAUUAUGGGGAAUUUGUGCAGUUGUCAAUCAUAAACACACAUCAGUGGAUGUAUGUAGGCUAGUUUAAACCACGGCUCCAGUGACUCAAGUGCGUCUUUGAACUUGAACAUCAGCUGCCAAAGUAUUGUGAAGUGCGGAUAUUUCGUAGAGGCUGUUACUUCUCACGCGACGGCAGGUGGGGCUAGAGUGCUACAUAUUAACCCAUUUAGAAAGCGCGACAACCAUAAACAAGCACCAUCGAUGUGUGCCAAGUCAGAAAUGGAAUGAAUCUAGUGGGAAAUCGUUGGAUGGCAGAGCGUUCCUUGGAUCUUAAUGACGGUGUCCUCCAGGUGUCAAUCUCGCUAAAAAAGGUGGAGUUGAGUGUUGGAGAGUCCAAGUUUUUCACAUGCACAGUGAUUGGGGAGCCUGUGAGUCUGGACUGGUAUAACCCGCAGGGGGAGCGGAUGGUCCCGUCUCAGCGGGUGGCCCUGCACAAUGAAGGUGUUCGUUCCAGACUCACCCUCUACAAUGCCAAAAUAGAAGAUGCUGGCAUCUACCGGUGCCAGGCCAGCGACGCACAGGGACAUACACAGGAGGCCACCGUGGUGCUGGAAAUCUACCAGAAGCUGACUUUCAGAGAUGUGAGGUCUCCUCAGGAGUUUCGACAGGGUGAUGUGGCUGAAGUGGUCUGUGAUGUCACCAGCUCCCCCGUACCUGUGGUCUCUUGGUUUUACAACAAUAUGGAAAUCAUUGAAGACACUGAGAAGUUUCAACUUCUACAAAACAACAAUUUGCAAGUCCAGAGAGUGACUAAAGCAGAUGAAGGAGUGUAUCGCUGCGAGGCCAGAGUCGAGGCCAGGGGAGAGAUCGACUUCCGGGACAUCAUCCUGGUGGUUAACGUUCCGCCAGUCGUCUCUGUGCCACAGCAGUCUUUUAAUGCUACUGCGGACUAUGGAGAAUCUGUGACCUUCACCUGCCGGGCCUAUGGCUCACCUGAACCUGAUGUUACUUGGCACAGGAAGGGAGUGCAGCUCCAGGAAUCGGAGCGGUAUGUAAUGAGAGCUCGAGGUACGACGCUCACAGUUCGAAACAUUCAGCAGGACGACGGGGGCUCCUACACCUGCAAAGCCUCUAACAAGGCAGGAGAAGUUGAGCACGAACUAUUUCUCAAGGUUUUUGUCCAGCCCCACAUUACUAAGCUAAGGAACGUGACGGCUGUGGAGGGCAGUGCUGCUAUGAUCUCCUGCAAGGCUGAGGGUGAACCUUUGCCUGAAAUCACUUGGAGGAGAGCAAGUGAUGGGCGCAGCUUUUCAGAUGGAGAUAAGAGUCCAGACGGUCGUGUGGAGGUGCGAGGCCGUUAUGGUGAAUCCAUGCUGACUAUCGUUGUAGUCAAGCUAUCUGACUGGGGACGUUUUGACUGUGAGGCUCUCAGCAGGAUCGGUGGACAUCAGAAGAGCAUGUUCCUGGAUAUUGAAUAUGCACCAAAGUUCCAAAGCAACCACACUAUAUUUUUCUCAUGGGAAGGGAACCCGGUCAAUAUCAGCUGUGAUGUUAUGUCUAACCCUCCAGCCACAAUGCUGUGGAGACGGGAAAAGUUGACCAUCCCCAGUGAAGGUGCUGGAAACAUGCGUGUACACAGUGCCCCUGGCAGAUCGCUCCUUGAGGUUACCCCGAUGUCAGACAGAGAUUUUGGCCGUUACAACUGUACAGCCAGAAACAACAUUGGGAUGCGCUUUCAAGAGUUCAUCCUAGCACAGGCAGAUGUUCCCUCAAACCCUUACUCUGUUCGGCUGAGCUCUGUGGUACAGCGCAUGGCCACAGUUACCUUUACGAAGCCAGACUCCCAUGGCGGUGUACCCAUCAGUCACUACCUGGUCAAAUACAAAGACAUCAGCUCACAGAACUGGAAGGAUGUGAAAUCACAAGGGACACAGACAAUCGUGUUGCUCACUAACCUUGAGCCCAACACGACCUAUGAGGUGAGAGUAGCCGCGGUGAAUGGAAAAGGUCAAGGGGAGUUCAGCCGCACAGAGAGCUUUCAAACUCUGCCCAUACGAGAGCCGAGUCCCCCUUCAGUUCAGGGUCAGCGAGGGGUGGGGAAGGCAUACCGACUGGGUCUGGUCAAGCAUGAUGAUGGAGGAAUGCCCAUCCUGGAAUAUAUUGUCAAAUACAAAACAGAUAAAGAAGAGCAGUGGAUGACAAAACUGGUUCCAGGUGUGAAUGAUUUUGUGUUGCUGCAACCGCUCCAGUGGAACACACAGUAUGAGGUGGAAAUCACUGCACGCAACGUCAAAGGCCUGUCUGAACCCACCUUUCUGAAGUUCUCCAUGCCUCAGAAACCCGACAUCACAGCAGAUUCGCUGUUCAGCGGCCUAGGCCUGGGCGCAGUGGUUGGGCUGGGGUUAGCUGGCCUGCUGCUGCUGCUCGUGCUAGUGGACAUCAGCUGCUUCUUCCUGCGCCAGUGCGGCCUGCUCAUGUGCAUCACCCGCAAGCUCUGCAGCAAAAAGACAGCCACAAGCGGCAAGAGCAAAGAGCUAGAGGAGGGCAAAGCUGCCUAUCUGAAAUUGCCACUAAAAGAGGAAAACGGCAAGGAGACGCUGAAACCAGACACAAUCGAGAUCAAAGUUCACGGUGACAACAGCCUACACAUGACACAGGAGGACAGUAAAGCGUAAUGGAGGCCCUGCUAUCCUCUAAAAGAACAUACAAAGCGAGCCACCCGGAGACCAAUAGCAAGCAAACUAAUGAGAACACAAGCAAGAACACGCCAACCAAUUGUAAGAUCCUUUGUUAGAGACUCGUCGUCGGGGUAUCAGAAGAGGCUAUGCGAUAACUGCUUUGUGAAACAUUUUUCAGAGGUUGCCGCUCAACAGACAGGCUCCUGUUUAUUUGUGCUUGUUCACGCUUGUUUUGGCCCUUGUUUUUUUUUAAGGCUUUGCUGUUGCUUUGAGUCUGAUUCUUUGUUACUUGACGAGUUUGGUUUGACGCGGCGUAAGCUUCAUGUUUUCUCUUGCUCUCUCUCAUUCCCAUUUUCUUUGGGAUCCGGCUGUUGCACUUUUCCAAUGUGGUUGCGCAAACACUGCUUUUUAAUGCGUCAUAUCACUAAAUCCCCCACCUCUUUUUUCAGUCUGUGAUGUAGUUUUGAGUAACUGUUUGGGUAACGUGUUUAUUUUAUUGCCUUUUUGCCACUAUAUGUCUCGCCCAAAUGCAAAGGAAUUACUGAAUACUCAAUAGCAAAGUGAGGAUCAACCACAUUUGACCUCAAGCUACAUGGUACAUGGGUGUUCCCGGUAUUGAGUGCUGACACAUGCCCAAAUCUUUGGCUUGAACGAUGAAUUUCUCAUAGAUUACAAGUGUUUUUGUGGAUGAAGAUAUCUCCUUGUUUUCAAUGCUGUUGUUUUAUCAGAAUCAGAGGCACAUAGUAUGUGUCAUACUUUCAUAUCAGGAUAUUUCAGAAACAAAAAAAAGAGUGCAUUUCCUUAAGAAGCAUCUGAAAUUUUGUAAGUGAGUGCAUCUGAGCAUGGACGUGUUGUCUUUGGGGUGUUUGGAUGUAUGUACUAGCGAGCAUGGAGUGUAGAAAGAAAGAGUGACGUAAAGAAAGUAAAGGUUGCCAAGUCUUACGUAAAUAUAAGGAAAACAUUAUAAAUACCUAUUCGAGUACACCAAUGUAAAUAUACUUGUUAUUUCUUUGGAAAGCUUAACAAAUGGGAAAAAUAUGACUCAUUCUGUCUUAGUGUGACACAUAACUGAUUGCGAAUUAUGUUGAUCAAAUUUAGCUGUCUUUCAAAAAAGAUAUUCUGUCCAACUGACUGAAAGUUAUCAAGAGCUAAAGAAGGGCAGAUGCCCAGGAAGAUGGGUUCAAAUUCAUCAAAAAGGUAUAGCUAUAAAAUUAGCUGUUUGGGAAAUCAAAUCCAUGCCAUUUUGGGACCAUUUGAGAGAGGACCAUUUGGUUAUAUGAGAGAUCAGCGGUCUGCAGUCAAACAGGAUCUAAGUGUUGCCAUAAUAAGGAUGGGAAUGGCAUACUGCUUAGACACAUGUUCAUUUUACCAGUCAGAGUUUGAGUAUUAAUUCCUGAGAACCAUUAUCAUGUUCAACAUGUUCACUUUGGUUUGGGCCAACAGAUUUUUCUAAAAAAAAAAAAAAAAAAAAAAAAACAUAACAAAACAAAAAAAAAUCAUAACAUUAUUUCAGCAUUGUAUUUCACACCUGGCUCUCCACAUUCAGCACAUAGAACAUUGUCAAAUGUUGCCCAUUUCUUUUCAGCAGUCUAAAGGGAGCGCUCCAUAAGCCCAACUGUACUUGUGAAAUUCUUGUAAUCCAGUGUAAUUUUUCUUCUGUAAAUAAAAGUGUCCCAAUAUAAAAAAUGUAUCUAUUUGG